GUUACGCACACCACCAUCCCUCCCAAUCAUAAAUCUUCCUCCCUCAAUCCCGCUUUCAUCGACCGUUACAUCGCAGAGGAGCAGGCCGCUGGCCGGUAUUCACGAGCAUUCGACCCCGACGAGCUUGAGGCCAUCAUUGGCCCCUUCCGCACGGCACCGCUC